GGCUUGACUAUAAUAUAUUUGUCAAACGCUAGAGGGUAACGUAAUAGCUAGAAACGUGAUUUAAUUUAUAUAAAAACAAAAUAAAAUAAUGAAUAGUUCAAUAAGAAAUCGUUUAUUAAAUCAAUGUCGAAAUUUUAUGUUUCGACAAAAAGCUGAAAAUGUACAAAUGUCAGUUGCCAUGCCAUUUAAAAUGCGGUUAUCUCAAUUUCAUAAACUACACAGAGGAUAUUCCUCUUCUGAAACUUGUAAACAUGCGGGAAAUUUAAAUUUUAUUCGACAUUUAGCAAAUAAAGCUGUAGAUAAUUCCAAUCAUUGUAAUAUAGGUACAAUAGGACAUGUGGAUCAUGGUAAAACAACGCUCACAGCUGCAAUUACAAAAAUUCUUUCGAGAGAUGGCCUAAGUAAUUUUGUAUCGUAUGAUGAAAUUGAUAAAGCACCCGAAGAAAAAGCCAGAGGGAUAACGAUAAAUGCUGCUCACAUUGGAUAUCGCACAUCAAAACGCCAUUAUGCUCAUACAGAUUGUCCUGGCCAUGCAGACUACGUAAAAAAUAUGAUCUCUGGUGCAUCACAAAUGGAUGGUGCAAUAUUAGUUGUAGCAGCUACCGAUGGACAAAUGCCUCAAACUAGAGAACAUUUACUGUUAGCCAAACAAGUGGGAAUUGAAAAAAUUGUUGUUUUUGUAAAUAAAGCAGAUCAAGUGGACAAUGAAGUUCUUGAAUUAGUUGAAAUCGAAAUCCGUGAACUUCUCUCUGAUUUUGGAUUCGAUGGUGUCGCUACGCCUUUUAUUUAUGGUUCAGCUUUAUUAGCUUUAAAUGGAGAUAAUUCUGAUAUUGGAGAAAAAUCAAUCAGAAAAUUGUUGAAUGUUAUUGAUGAAUAUAUCCCAACACCGACUAGGGAUUUAAAAUCACCUUUUAUGUUACCAAUUGAUAAUGCCUUUACAAUACCUGGUCGUGGCACAGUUAUUAUUGGAACUUUGAAACGAGGAAUUAUUAAACGUAAUGACGAAUGUGAACUUUUAGGAUUUGAUGAACAAAUUAAAACUUCAGUUUCUGAUGUUCAAGUGUUUAAGAAAUCAGUACCAGAGGCAGUCGCAGGUGAUAAUAUUGGCGUUUUAAUUCGGAGUAUUAAAAGACAAGUCGUACAGAGAGGUAUGAUUUUAUGUGCAGCGGGAUCUGAACGUACAAGUAAUCAUUUUGUAGCAAAAGUAUAUUUCUUAACUCGUGGAGAAGGUGGAAGAUCAAAACCUAUUACGAAUAAAUAUAUUCAACAACUAUUUAGUCACACAUGGAACAUACUCUGUCGAGUAGAUCUCAGCCCCGAAAUGAAAAUGUUGAUGCCUGGUGAGCAUGGAGAAGUAUAUGUUACACUUUUAAAGAAAAUGGUCAUGUCAAAUGGACAACCAUUUACAAUUCGUGAAAAUAAUGUUACCGUUGCAACAGGUAUUAUUACACAGACUUUAGAUAGCGUAAAUAUUUCAACAAAUUUAGCGAAAGUACAUUUACCGUAUUGAAAGAUUUCAUCGUGAUGGGGAUUUUCGUGCGCACUUUGUUCGUAUGUAUAAUGAAUAUUGGAA